AUGGAGGCAAAGAGAAAUAUUGUCAUUGUCGGAGGCGGCAUUAUUGGCAGCACAACCGCCUACUACCUGACUCGUCAUCCCAAGUUCAACCCGGCUCUGCACACCAUCACCCUUCUGGAGGCCGCUCCCUCUGUGGCUCAGGGUGCUUCUGGUAAGGCGGGCGGCCUUCUUGGGCUCUGGGCGUAUCCUGCGUCCCUCGUUCCUCUGUCGUUCAGGCUUCAUGCAGAGCUUGCUGCUGAACACGGCGGAGCCAAUCGCUGGGGUUACCGUAAGAUAAAAUGCGGCAGCAUCGAGGCGGUAGUCACGAAACAGAAGCUCAGCAAUCUCCAAAAGUCUGUGGACGAGGAUGGCAAAGCGUGGGAGAAGCUUCCAAAGCAGGAUGAGGCGGCCAAGGAGCUGCUCCAGGAGGAAGAACUCCCCGCAGAUCUGGACUGGAUAGACAGAGAGGUGGUCAGAGGAUGGGCAGAGAUGGGGACACCUGGAGCUUCCGACACUGCGCAGGUGCAUCCGUACCACUUCACUACAUCAAUUGCAGAGCUGGCUCAACAGGGUGGUGCCAUCCUCAAAACGAAUGCAAAAGUGACGAAGCUCAUCACCUCGAAAGCUGGCGUCGAGGGAGUCGAGUACUUGGACCGGACAACAGACGAAACUUGCAAAAUCGCCGACGUGACUGACAUUAUAGUUGCGGCUGGGCCCUGGACUGGGCGAGUGCUCCCUCGUACCAAGGUUGAGGGUCUGAGAGCGCACAGUGUCGUCUAUGAAGUCGACGUCACUCCGUACGCAGUGUUCACUGAUAUCGAACUGCCAUCGGACUUUGUCCCUGAACACCGAGCAAAGAUGGGACAGAAAAGAUUCCACAAGGGCAGAGUAGAUCCGGAAAUCUAUGCUCGGCCUUUUGGCGAGGCAUAUGCCUGUGGAGAACCCGAUAGCGUCGUGCCGCUCCCCGAAACAGCCGACCAGGUGCAAUUCGAUGAAGCUUACUGCGACGACAUCAUCUCCUAUUUCGCAACCGUGAGCCCCGUAUUGGCCAAGGCACCUGUCAAGGCGAAACAGGCAUGCUACCUGCCACGGCAUAUCCGGUUCGGACAAGAGAGCGGCCCUCUCAUAGGGCCAACGACAACACCCGGCUUGUGGGUUGCUGCCGGCCAUACGUGUUGGGGGAUUCAGAAUGGUCCGGGGACAGGAAAGCUUAUGUCCGAGUACAUCUUUGAUGGCGAGGCCAAGAGUGCCAAUGUGUCGAAUCUUGACCCGCGGAAGUUCAAGGUAUGA